AUGGCUUUCGUGGAACGGCGCCUUCCUGCCCUGCAGCGGGUGUUCCUCAACCUCGACGCCAGCCCUUCUGGCUCGCAGAGCACUCUCCGUCGCUGCCGCAGUUUCUCCGGCUACACGUCCUUGGAGCUCGGCGAGGUCAAUUGUGAAAGCACCGCAGAAGACCUGCCUUGGCCGGACACGGACGACGAGGAAACGGUGGCUUGGGUUGAGGCGCAAUCCGCCGACACCGUGGCUCCGCCAGCCGAAGGAGGCAUCGACGGCCUGUGGCUGACACCACUGGCUCGGCCGGACGACCACAGCGAAGAACUCCUGGACGUGCCAGACUACACGCCGCAGCGUACCACCGGCUUCCAGCAGGGCUUUUGCUACCUGCCGAGUGGCUUCACCUGCUUACCACACAAGGGCUAG